AUGUGGCCCUGGUUGGUCCUCAAAGUGAUACCGCAGAGGGUCCUGACAGAUAAAGGAGCAGAAAUCACUGCCGCAAAUCUCAACGACAAGGACAGUCUUGUCAAAGCCUUUCAGGGCGCUAUUGUGAUCUUUGCAGUCACCAACUUCUUCGAAUCUGCCAUGCAACUUGGAGUUGAGGAAGGAAAGAAGGUUGAAUUCGCCCAGGCAACCAACAUGAUCAACGCUGCGAAGGAUAUCCCUACUCUGGAACAUUUUAUCUGA